UCUGUAUAAAAACACCUCACCUGCCUGUGUGUGAGAACUUUAUUGGAUCAUUUUGGAAAUAAUGAAGUCUGCCCUUGUUCUGCUGGCCUUUUUGGCUGUCUCACAGGGUCUUCUCAGGAUUCCCUUGAGGAGGGGGAAGUCGGCCAGGCAGCUGCUGGAGGAGAGAGGCCUGUUUGAGGAGUACAGGAGGAAGUUUCCAUACAACCCUGCUGCAAAGUUUCUCCCCAGGAAUGAGGAGAGUGUGGUGCCCAUGACCUUUGACCCAGAUACAACAUACUAUGGUGUGAUCGGCAUCGGGACUCCACCUCAGUUCUUUAAAGUUCUCUUUGACACUGGCUCCUCUGACCUGUGGGUUCCCUCUAUACGCUGCACCAGCUCAGCUUGUGACAGCCAUGCAAAGUUCAACAGCUCAGCAUCCUCCACUUUUCAGGCCGACACAAAAACUUUCUACAUCUCAUACAACAGUGGAUUCGCAGCAGGAAGUACAGGGUAUGACACCAUAAAGAUAAGCGAUAUCUACGUGGAGCACCAGGUACUUGGUCUCACUGAAACAGAGGCAGCUUUCCUGGGAUCUGUGCCCUGGGAUGGGAUUCUUGGUCUGGCCUUCCCUGACAUGUCCCUUGAAGGAGGGACACCUAUUUUUGACAACAUGUGGAACCAGGGCAAAAUCCCCCAGAACAUCUUCUCCAUUUACCUGAGCAGUUCUGUAGAGGGCAGUAUGCUGAUUCUGGGAGGAACAGAUCCCUCAUAUUAUACUGGAAUCAUCAACUGGGUCCCUCUGUAUCAUGCCACUAACUUUUGGAACAUCCAAAUACAAAGCAUCACCAUUAAUGGGAACACUGUUGCGUGCUCUGGAAGCUGUGAGGCAGUAGUGGACUCUGGCACUUCUGUAAUCAUCGGCCCGAGCAACGACAUUAACAACAUCAACGGCUGGUUGGGAGCCUCCGCAAACGAGUAUGGUGAUGCUUCUGUCAGUUGCAGUAACAUGAACCUCAUGCCAGACAUUGUGUUCAACAUAAACGGCUACAGCUUCUCUCUUCCUCCAUCGGCAUAUAUCAUGAAGUCUGCGUCUGGAUGCAGGACAGGGUUUGCACCUGGCACCUGGAUCCUGGGUGAGGUCUUCAUGCGGCAGUUCUACACUGCCUUCGACGUCAGCAACAACAUGGUGGGCUUUGCUCAGGCCGUGUGAAUACAUAAAUGAGGAGAUGGGUCUGGAGGCUGUGGUCUUUGCCACCCUGAAAAAGAGCCUGAGAUAUUUAGGAAAUAAUUGACUUUAUUUUUAUAACCAAGAUUCACUGUAAAACAAAUUCUCCUGUAAAAAAAAAAAAAAGAAAAGAAAAAAAAGAAAAUAGAAAUGAAAUUAAUAAAAGGUGGCCUUUUAGACCUUUAAGUCAGUAUGUGUUGGUUGUUAAGGAGGAAUUCAAGUAUUCAAAUGCUUGUAAAGUCUUCCUAGAAUAUUCUGUUUGUGCUAAAAUAAAAUAUUAUGCUCCACCAUGUAUCAGGGUUUCAGUGGCCGCUAGAUGGCAGAAGUUUCACUAAACUGCAUAUUCAGACUCUUCACCAUUCAUGUGAUUCUCCUGGGAGGGGCCUGAGGAGAGGAUGAGUCAUCUUACUUAGAAUUCAGUCUUUGAAACACAGAACCAAAUGCCAGUCAUUCAUUGUGAGCAGCCGCUGACUUACAUUCGUGCCAUGUGCGUCUGUGAUGUUCGGUGAUCUGAGAUUUUCUUUAGGCUGCAGCAUUUGUUCUAAUUAUAAUCUGUGAUUUAAUAUCCAAAGGGGAUGUGUCAUUCAGCUCUUUUCCAUGUAAACACGUGCAUCGACACAGAGAUCAGCUAUCAUUAACCCUCUCUUGCCUCCCGUGAACGCUUUUAUUUGAGCAAUUGUUUCCCAUUCCUUUUAAUAAUGAAAUACUUUUAAACUGAAUUCAUCACUGCAUUGUUGUACUGCAAUUAAA